AUGGAAGAACAGCAGCCGGAACCUAAAAGUCAGCGCGACUCGGGCCUCGGCGCGGCGGCGGCGGCGGCGGCCCCGGGCAGCCUCGGUCUGAGCCUCAGCCCCGGCGCCAGCGGCAGCAGCGGCAGCGAUGGAGACAGCGUGCCGGUGUCCCCGCAGCCCGCGCCCCCCUCGCCGCCCGCGGCGCCCUGUCUGCCGCCCCUGGCCCACCACCCGCACCUCCCCCCGCACCCCCCGCCCCCGCCGCAGCCGCCGCAGCAUCUCGCGGCGCCUGCUCACCAGCCGCAGCCCGCGGCCCAGCUGCACCGCACAACCAACUUUUUCAUCGACAACAUCCUGAGGCCGGACUUCGGCUGCAAAAAGGAGCAGCCACCGCCGCAGCUCCUGGUGGCAGCGGCGGCCGGAGGAGGCGCUGGAGGAGGCCGGGUCGAGCGUGACAGAGGCCAGACCGGCGCAGGUAGAGACCCUGUCCACCCGCUGGGCACGCGGGCGCCAGGCGCCGCCUCGCUCCUGUGUGCCCCGGACGCGAACUGUGGCCCGCCCGACGGCUCCCCGCCAGCCGCCGCCGGCGGCGCGGGAGCGUCCAAAGCUGGGAACCCGGCGGCGGCGGCGGCGGCCGCGGCGGCAGCGGCCGUGGCAGCGGCAGCGGCAGCAGCAGCGGCCAAGCCUUCGGACAGCGGCGGCGGCAGUGGAGGCGGUGUGGGGAGCCCAGGUGCGCAGGGUGCCAAGUACCCCGAGCACGGCAACCCAGCCAUCCUGCUUAUGGGCUCAGCCAACGGCGGGUCCGUGGUCAAAACUGACUCGCAGCAGCCUCUCGUGUGGCCCGCCUGGGUCUACUGCACUCGCUACUCGGAUCGUCCGUCCUCUGGUCCGCGCACCAGGAAGCUGAAGAAGAAGAAGAACGAGAAGGAGGACAAGCGGCCGCGGACGGCGUUCACGGCCGAGCAGCUGCAGAGACUCAAGGCGGAGUUCCAGGCGAACCGCUAUAUCACGGAGCAGCGGCGGCAGACCCUGGCCCAAGAGCUCAGCCUCAAUGAGUCUCAGAUCAAGAUCUGGUUCCAGAACAAGCGCGCCAAGAUCAAGAAGGCCACAGGCAUCAAGAACGGCCUGGCGCUGCACCUCAUGGCGCAGGGACUGUACAACCACUCCACCACCACGGUCCAGGACAAAGACGAGAGCGAGUAGCCGCCGCCGCCGGCUGGGGCUGCGCGGUCCGGCCGCCGCGCCCGCGCCCCUCGGAACACAGCCUCUGCCGCCCCGCCGGCCUGGCUCCGGGGAGCAAGAAUCAGCGCAAAGGAGGGAGGGAGCAACAGGGAAAAGAGAGAGCGCGCUGCUCAGAAUGGAGAGUCACGUUUGAAAGCAACAUUUUUAGAAAGGGAGCGAGACUCGGACAGGUGCUAUCGAAAAAAUAAGAUCUGUUCUCUGUUCACAGCAUAAGGGACGAAACUGCGAACUCCUUAAAGCUCUAUCUAGCCAAACCGCUUACGACCUUGUAUAUAUUUAAUUUCAGGUAAGGAAAAGAAAUAUGUGUAGCGAUCUCUAUUUGCUGGACUUUUUAUUAAUCUCCUUUAUUAUUAUUGUUAUAAUUAUUAUAAUUAUUAUAAUUAUUUUAUCCCCCAUCUCUGCCUCGCUGCCCCCGGCCCAGUUUCGUUUUCGUUGCCUUUUUCUUUUGGACGUUAUCGCUUCUCCGGUGCCUCCCGCCCCGCAACGCUGGCCCUUGUUUCUCUGGGACUUUUCUUUGUGUGUGUGAGAGUGUGUUUCCUCGCGUGUCCUCCCCUCGCCUCUCCCCCACCUCCCAAUCCCUUUUUGUCGGUCUGUCUGUCUGUCCUGCCCCCCUUUCGUUUUCCGGAGACUUGUUGAGAAAUUCGACCCAACAGACUGCGAGACUGAACCGCCGCUACAAGCCAAAGAUUUUAUUAUGUUCAGAAACCUGUAGUCUGAAAUAAAGUGUACACUGU